CUAAAAUCGAUUAGUUUGUCACAGAUUCUGGUAUUGAAAUUUUAUGCACAUUGAACUUCUGGCUCUUGAAGGCAUAGCAUAAGUUUACAUCAUUAAACUUCUAGAUGACAUUGCCAUACGUUAUUCAAAAUUAAAAGAAUUCUUUAAAGUGAAAACUAUCAAAAUAAAUAUGAAGAUGAUUGCCGUGUUUGUUAGUGUAGCAGCAUUAUUAGCUCUUAUUGAAUCUGCAGUUGUUAAACAUUUCGUAAAUAAACAAUGUGAUAAAACUGAUACAUUUCUACAAUUGUUUGGCACAAGUUUAGACGAAUGUACUGAAGAAUGUGACCGGCGUUCUAGAUGUACAUAUAUUAUGUUCAUGCAGAGAAUGAAUCACUGUAGCUUGAAGGAUGUUAGCGGUGUUGGAGGUAUCGCUAGUUAUGUGAGUGGAUUAAGUGGAAAUGAACCGCUCUGUAUGUUUCUUGAGAAAAAAGACUGGAUAUCGUCUGAUCUUGGACCAUGUAACGAUAAUAAAUGCAACGGCACAGACAGGUGUGUAUCAUCGAAGCGAGAUCCUAAAGACUUCUCAUGUUUAAAGUCAACUUGUCCGUCGCCACCUUUUGUUGCGAAUGCUUAUCUGCUAUCCGACAUUCAAACAAUAGGGUCUACCAAUAGAUACAUGUGCAAAGAUGGCUACAGGAGUUUUGGAACACCUUCGAUUACAUGUACCAGUAACGGAAAAUGGGAAAAAAGAGUGUUUCGGUGUGAACCAAUGUGUAAAACACCAAAAUCAACAUAUGAAAAUGCUGUGUUGUCCCGGAUAGAAUACAGUGGUAAAAGAGAAGUCAUUCAUUUCACGUGCAAGCAAAAUUACCAGGCUUUAGGACCGACUGCGACGAGCACUUGCAGAAAUGGUACAUGGGCUUUUAAUAGGGUUCGAUGCUGUAAGAAUGGAACCUAUAACGAACCUUGGAAUUAUCGGUGUGUAUUUCACACAGAACCUCUGGAAAACUUUGAUCAGUUUGACGGGAUAUGUUCAGGUUACGGUAAGACUGGAUUUGAUGUACAGCUCUAUAGAUAUUUGCUUGAUAGUCACGGGGUCUAUAACAUAUUGAUGCCUCAGAAGAAACAUUACUACAAGAGAAUGAAUAAUUUAACUAAAUGUUUUAAAAGUGAAAACAUCUCGGUGGGAAAUAGGACAUUUGACGAGUUAAUAAACUAUGCUAGAAGUCUUAAUAUGACACGAGAUGAUUGCAAAUCGGUCACGUGGUGGGCUCCUUCUGAGCCAAACGGCGGUACGGAAGAAAACUGCAUUAUGAGAAAAACCAACGAAACCGACUCUCCUCUCUACGAUAUACCAUGCACUAACUUAACCGGCUUAGACAUAAGAGGUGUUUGCCACUGGGCUUUGCCGGUUAUAUAACAUGUAGAGGAGGUAAACUGCACAAGAGACCACUCGUUAAAAAUAUCUGCAUUAUAUACAUGUAUAUUACAUCAAGUUUUGCU